UGUCGAGAAUCCCAAAGACCAACCAAGCCAAGAUCGGUAUGGCCUCCGCAGCGCCCAAUGGUGCGGCCGCGGCGGCGCUCAUGGUGGCCGUCUCCAUCCUGGCACUUGCCGCCGGCGCCAGCGCCCAGCUGCAGUACGGCUUCUACAAGGGCAAGUGCAACGGCAACGACGUGGAGGCGGUGGUCCAGGGCAUCGUCAGGGCCCGCUUCGCGCGCGAGAACCCCAUCGUCGCCUACCUCCUCCGCAUGCAGUUCCACGAGUGCGCCGUCAAUGGCUGCGACGGCGGCCUGCUGAUCGACGGCCCCGGCACCGAGAAGACGGCGCCGCCGAACUUUAGCGUCAAGGGCUACGACGUAAUCGCGGCCAUCAAGGCGGAGCUGGAGCGGAGGUGCCCCGGCGUGGUGUCCUGCUCCGACAUCCAGAUCCUCGCCACCAGGGACGCCGUCGCGCUGGCCGGCGGGGCGUCGUACGCGGUGCGCACGGGGCGGAGGGACCGCCGGCGGUCACUGGCCUCCGACGUCAAGCUGCCGUCGCCCGAGUUCACCGCGGCGCAGACGGUCGCGUACUACGGCAGCCUGGGGCUGAGCCCGUUCGACGCGGUGCUGCUGCUGGGCGCGCACACCGUGGGCGCCACGCGCUGCAGCGCCAUCAAGAGCAGCCGGCUGUACAGGUACGGCGGCAGGGCCGGCGCGACGGACCCCGGCAUGGACCCGGGCUACGCGUUCUUGUACAAGAACAACGUGUGCCCCAACGUGCCGUCGUCGGACAACAACGUCGUGUUCCUGGACGACCAGUGGAGCGCGCUCAAGCUGGACAACCACUACUACAAGAACCUGCAGAGAAAACGCGGCGUGCUCUCCGUCGACCAGAACCUGUACAAGGACGGGUCCACGAGCUGGAUCGUGGACCUGCUCGCCAAAGACAACGGCCUCUUCGCUUGGCUUUUCCCCAAGGCGCUCGUCAAGCUCAGCGAGGUCAACGUGCUCACCGGCACGCAGGGGGAGAUCCGCAAGGUCUGCAACAGGUUCAACUGAUGAUCGGCCGCCAUUAAUUAUAUAUAUAUAUAUAUAUAUAUACGGAGGACAUGGUUUGAUCGUCUGAUGUCGUUGCCCUUCUCCUUCCCAUUUGCUUGAUCAAAGUUAACUUCAUUUCCGCGUCAAGUUUGAUUCAUUCUUUCCGCGUAACAUGAUGUCGGUUUAAUAAUUUUGUAAUGACAAACAUGAUGGGUUAAUGUACCCCGUGUAUGUUAAAUCUCAGAAAUUCAGGUGAACAAAAAAUAGCUUUUGAGUACAUCCAUCGUGGAAGUGACCAGCAUUUCCGUUUCCCAGCGCUGAUCACUGACGUGCGAGUCAUGAUCUGUUUAUGCUCAAACUGAGGCGAGACGCGGGCGAUUCUCCCGCGUGCCACCGACCAUCACCUCUCUGCUUUUUGCUUGGGAUAUUUUCCUUUGCUUUUACCUUCUUUUGUUUUGUUUCUUUUUUCUUUGUAAUCAGCUUGGUUACAUUUCAAUAAAUUCUCAGUAGAGGCCUCACGACCUCUCCUGUUCCCUAAAAAAAACCAUCACCUCCACCCUCAAUUGUUUCGGUAGUUUUGGCCGGGUUGGUUGUUUUUUUAACUGUAAUGGGUUGUUGUGCUGGGCUAAGUUUUCUUCCCACCGCACCAGCAAUGUACUCUUGUUACG